AUGAUAAGUCUAUCCGUCUAUGGGAGGAUCUUUGAAUUUCUGUAAUUUUUAGUUCACCUCACAUCCAUUGAUGAAACUUUGAUAUAAUGUGGGUCUAAUUCUUUACAUUUAUUAGUUUAUAUGAAGGUAGACCUUGGCAUGAAAAAUUUUGAAAAUAUUAAAAUCUAAAAUACUUCUUUAGUAGGAGCUAAUUUUGUAAGGUGUAAUUUAAGUGGAUCUUAAUUUAAUAAUGUCAACAUCAGUGGAAUUAAUCUGAAUGGAGCAUAAUUAUUUAAUUGUAAAUGGAAAGGCUUAAAUAUCAAUGAAUUGUAGAAAUUAAAUGGUCAUACUAAAUCUGUGUAAUCAGUUUGUUUCUCUCCAGAUGGAAAUACUUUAGCUUCUAGUGGUAAAGAUAGGUCCAUCCGUCUUUGGGAUGUCAAAAUAGGAUAAUAAAAAGCAAAAUUAAAUGGUCAUACUAAAGAAAUUAUGUCAGUCUGUUACUCUCCUGAUGGAAAUACUUUAGCUUCUGGUAGUAAUGAUAAAUUUAUCCGUCUAUGGGAUGUGAAAACAGGAUAAUAAAAAGCCAAAUUAGAUUGUCAUUCAUAUGCUGUCUACUCAGUCUGUUUUUCUCCUGAUGGAAAUACAUUAGCUUCUGGUAUUGGUGAUAAGUCUAUCCGGUUAUGGUAUGUCAAAACAAGAAAAUAAAAAGCCAAAUUAGAUGGUCAUAGUAAUACUGUCAACUCAGUCUGCUUCGCUCCUGAUGGAAAUAUAUUAGCUUCUAGUAGUAGUGAUUAAUCUAUCCGUCUAUGGGAUGUCAAAACAGGAUAAUAAAUAGCCAAAUUAGAUGGUCAUAGUCGAACUGUCUAGUCAGUUUGUUUCUCUCCUGAUGGAAAUACAUUAGCUUCAGGAAGUUAUGAUAACUCUAUCUAUUUAUGGGAUGUCAACACAGGAAUAUAAAAAGCCUAAUUAGAUGGUCAUAGUGGUACUGUCUAAUCAGUCUGUUUUUCUCGUGAUGGAAAUACAUUAGCUUCUGGUAGUGCUGAUGAGUCUAUCCGUCUAUGGGAUGUCAAAACAGGAUAAUAAAAAGCCAAAUUAGAUGGUCAUAGUGGUACUGUCUACUCAGUCUGUUUCUGUCCUGAUGGAAAUACAUUAGCUUCCGGUAGUUAUGAUAAGACUAUUCGUCUAUGGGUUGUCAAAACAGGUUAAUAAAAAGCCAAAUUAGAUGGUCAUAGUAACUAUGUUAUGUCAGUCUGUUUCUCUCCUGAUGGAAACACAUUAGCUUCUGGUAGUUAUGAUAAGUUUAUCCAUCUAUGGGAUGUCAAAACAGGAUAAUAAAAAGCCAAAUUAGAUGGUCAUAGUGGUUGUAUUUACUCAGUCUGUUUCUCUCCUGAUGGAAAUACAUUAGCUUCUGGUAGUAGUGAUUAGUCUAUCAGUCUAUGGGAUUUCAAAACAGGAUAAUAAAAAGCCAAAUUAGAUGGUCAUAGUAAUUGUAUUAACUCAGUCUGUUUCUCUCCUGAUGGAAAUACAUUAGCUUCUGGUAGUGAUGAUAAGUCUAUCCGUCUAUGGGAUGUCAAAACAGGAUAAUAAAAAGCCAAAUUAGAUGGUCAUAGUAGUUAAGUUUGGUCUGUCUGUUUCUCUCCUGAUGGAGAUACAUUGGCAUCGGGUAGUGAUGAAAAUUCUAUCCGUCUUUGGGAUGUAAAAACAGGAUAAUUUAAAGCCUAAUUGGAUGGUCAUACUAAUACUGUCUACUCAAUCUGUUUCUCUCCUGAUGGAAAUACAUUAGCUUCUGGUAGUGAUGAUAAGUCUAUCCGUCUAUGGGAUGUCAAAACAGGAUAAUAAAAAGCCAAAUUAGAUGGUCAUAGUAGUUAUGUCUACUCAGUCUGUUUCUCUCCUGAUGGAAAUACAUUAGCUUCUGGUAGUGAUGAUAAGUCUAUCCGUCUAUGGGAUGUCAAAACAGGAUAAUAAAAAGCCAAAUUAGAUGGUCAUAGUAGUUGUGUAAAUUCAGUCUGUUUCUCUCCUGAUGGAAAUACAUUAGCUUCUGGUAGUGAUGAUAAGUCUAUCCGUCUAUGGGAUGUCAAAACAGGAUAAUAAAAAGCCAAAUUAGAUGGUCAUAGUAGUUGUGUAAAUUCAGUCUGUUUCUCUCCUGAUGGAAAUACAUUAGCUUCUGGUAGUGAUGAUAAGUCUAUCCGUCUAUGGGAUGUCAAAACAGGAUAAUAAAAAGCCAAAUUAGAUGGUCAUAGUAGUUGUGUAAAUUCAGUCUGUUUCUCUCCUGAUGGAAAUACAUUAGCUUCUGGUAGUGAUGAUAAGUCUAUCCGUCUAUGGGAUGUCAAAACAGGAUAAUAAAAAGCCAAAUUAGAUGGUCAUAGUAGUUGUGUAAAUUCAGUCUGUUUCUCUCCUGAUGGAAAUACAUUAGCUUCUGGUAGUGAUGAUAAGUCUAUCCGUCUAUGGGAUGUCAAAACAGGAUAAUAAAAAGCCAAAUUAGAUGGUCAUAGUAGUUGUGUAAAUUCAGUCUGUUUCUCUCCUGAUGGAAAUACAUUAGCUUCUGGUAGUGAUGAUAAGUCUAUCCGUCUAUGGGAUGUCAAAACAGGAUAAUAAAAAGCCAAAUUAAAUGGUCAUAGUGGUUGUAUUAACUCAGUCUGUUUCUCUCCUGAUGGAAAUACAUUAGCUUCUGGUAGUGGUGAUAGGUCUAUCCAUCUAUGGGAUGUCAAAACAGGAUAAUAAAAAGCCAAAUUAGAUGGUCAUAGUGAUGGUCUCUUAUCAGUCUGUUUCUCUCCUGAUGGAUAUAUAUUAGCUUCUUGUAGUUAUGAUAACUCUAUCCGUCUAUGGGAUGUCAAAACAGGAUUAUAAAAAGCCAAAUUAGAUGGUCAUAGUAACUAUGUUAUGUCAGCCUGUUUCUCUCCUGAUGGAAAUACAUUAGCUUUUAGUAUUUAUGAUAUAUCUAUCCGUCUAUGGGAUGUCAAAAUAGGAUAGUAAAAAGCCAAAUUAGAUGGCCAUAGUCGAACUGUCUAGUCAGUCUGUUUCUCUCCAGAUGGAAAUACAUUAGCUUCUGGUAGUAGUGAUUGUUCUAUCCGUCUAUGGAAUGUCAAAACAGGGUAAUAAAAGGCCAAAUUAGAUGGUCAUACUCAUUGUGUCUGGUCAGUCUGUUUUUCUCCUGAUGGAAAUACAUUAGCUUCUAGUAGUAGAGAUAACUCUAUCCGUCUCUGGGAUGUCAAAACAGGAUAACAAUAAGCCAUAAUAGAUAGUCAUAGUAACUAAGUUUGGUCAGUUUGUUUCUCUGUAGAUGGAAAUAUAUUAGCUUUUGGUAGUGGUGAUAAGUCAAUUCGUCUAUGGGAUGUAAAGAAUGAAUAAGAAAUUUAAUCUGAUGACAAUAAAUAUAAAGAUAUUCUAGCUUAAUUUAAGAUUCCAUUCUAAUAAAAUACACCUAUAUCAGAAGGUUAUAUUUAUAAUUUUUAUAUUUUUAGUUUCUAAUUUUAUUACAACUCUCGUGAUAUCCCAAAAGGCAAUAUUUCAAGCUAAAGGAGCUUUAAUUCUGAAAGGAGAAUUUAUAACUCAAUCCGGUAUAGAUUUAAAGACAUUGUUCAAAUAAAAAGGAAGUUACUAUUUAGAAGACUAAUCGAAAAAAUGA